UUAAGGAGCUGGAGGAGCGGGAAGGGAACAUACUUGAAGCAAACAAGGAGGCAGCGGAGACAGAAAAUAGGGCUGCGAGUGAGAAUGUCCGAAAGCUGGGCGAAGACGUGACCCAAGGGAAGCGAAAUAUAAAGGAAAAGGAGGCUAAAUUCGAGGCGAGCAAGGUGAAGCAAGACUUAAGACCGAACAAUACUGAGUGUAGAAAGUGAAAGGGCCAUCAAUAUAAUAGCGGCACAGAUCUUUUCCUGAUUUCUUAGGUUUAUUCCACCACGCAAUCCCGAUGCAUAGAUAGUAGCUCUCUGGAGUGGUCCCCCAGGGGCAGACGCCAACGAAAUUCCAAAGAAUAUGCUAGAAGAAUGAAGCUCAAAAUUCAAAAUCAAAACUCAAAAGCAAAUCUCAAAGUUCAAAAUCAAAAUUCAAAACUCAAAAUCAAAACUCAAAACUCAAAAUCAAAAGCCAAAAGUCAAAAUUCAAAAUCAAGACUCAAAAUCAAAACUCAAAAUCAAGACGCAAAAUCAAGACGCAAAAUCAAAACGCAAAAUGAAAACGCAAAAUCAAAACGCAAAACCAAAAUUCAAAAUCAAAAUUCAAAAUAUGAAAGCAAAAGCAAAAUUCAAGAUAUAGAACGCUUUAACCUCAAAACUCUGAUCCAAAUUUCAAAACUUUGAUCCAAUGUUGACGUUGAGAACUUUGAUCCAAAUUUCAACACUUUGAUCCAAAUUUCAAAACUUUGGCCCAAAUUUCAAAACUUUGACAUUCAAAAUUCAAAAUCAAAACGCAAAAUCAAAAUGCAAAAUCAAAACGCAAAACCAAAACUCAAAAUCAAAGCUCAAAACUCAAAACUCAAAAUCAAAACUCAAAAUCAAAACUCAAAAUCAAAGCUCAAAACUCAAAAUCAACACUCAAAAGCAAAACUCAAAACCAAAACUCAAAACCAAAGCUCAAAAUUCAAAAUCAAAACCCAGAAUCAAAAUUCAAAAUCAAAGCGCAAAACUCAAAACGAAAAAAAAAAACUCAAAAUCAAAAUUCAAAAUAUGAAAUCAAAAAAAAAAUUCAAAAUAUGCAAUCAAAAUCAAAACGAGGGAAAAGCUUUAUACUGUAAGAGAUUUCCAUCAACACAGUAGAAGCGUAGGGUAGAACACCGAUUAGAUCUAGUCGGCUUUUGUGGCCCGUUGGUUCCCCUCGACAUUUUCUAUCAGAUGUAUCUGGCUAAAUGGUCAUAGAGUCAAUGUCUUCUUUUGGUAACUCGUUCGGCUGCCGCUAAGGAUAUCCGCAAACGAGGAGAACCUGCGAAAAGCAACAGGGGCACACAGUCGAAAGCUCAAAAAGCUGCGAGAUGAGUUGGAAAAUGCGCAGGCGCUUUUGAGCGAUGCGCGCAAAGCGUCGGAAGAUGCUAUACGACAAUGCGAGG